GACAGGAUUUCACGCGAUUUCUGUUUUUGUCUCGCGAUACUUCCUCGAGCUCUGUGACCUCAGGAAAAGAUGGCUGACGAAUACGGACGAAAGUGGGACCGCUGCCUUGCAGAUACGGCUGUCAAAACAGUGACGGGCCUCGGCGUCGGCGUCGUCUUCUCCGUCCUUUUCCUCAAACGUCGCACAUGGCCCGUGUCCUUCGGGUCAGGCCUGGGUUUGGGAAUGGGAUACAGCAACUGCCAGCAUGACUUCAGGCUGCCGUAUCGGAUUCACGGUCGCACGGUUAAGGACCAGUAAUGAAGGACUGAAGAGGAGGUUUUCAGCUGCUCCCAUCACUUUGCUGCUCGUCUGUUUCUCCGGCACUAACAGUCUGCGAUGCACACAUUGUGUAAAUCAAAGAGCGAUUCCAUGUAUAUGUAAUAAAAAGAGAUUUUGGAAGAA